GUGAUUUCGCUGUCCGAAGCUCCGUGUUCUUUAAGCUUUGUUCCAUUUCUUUCUCCCUUCUCUUCAUUGUGUGAUGUGAACCAGUAGUUUGGUUUUUCUUCCUGCCUUUUUGCUUUUAUGAAAACAUUCACGCCCACCCAGAAGCGUGUUUACAGAGAAAGGAAGGGAGGGGAAAGUUUGGAAAAUCCCAAAAGAGGAAAGUUAUCUCCAUCUUUGUUUGCCUGUCUGGCUUUAAUUUGUGGAAACCAACUAACCAAGCUUUGCUAAAAGGACAGACAUGGGUGAAACCAUGGUUUCCUCCUUCUUGAAAGGGGCUGCUCUUCAAUUUUGCUUUAGCCCCCAUGUUCAAGUGUUUAGAGGUCACUGUUUCAGCUGUUUUACUGUCCGCCCUUCAGCAGUAUAGAGUGGCCGUACUUGUGGGUUUUCAGUUGUUUUUCUUUCCUUUUGUAGUUUAAUGUUUGGAUGAUUGAGAGGGUUAAAGCUGUCCUUUCGUUGAUAUGUGAUCGGAUUUAGUGAUAAGUAUUUCCCUUACUUCUCAGAUACUUGUCUGAAUACGGAUCACAAACUUGUUAGCUCCUUAUUGGCCUUCUGGAUACUGUUUGAUCUUUUAAAUUGCAGCCAAAUCUUUGGAGGCCAACAAGAUUGUUGAAAUUGUGUAGUCAGCAUUAAAAUCAAACCCAGUUUUCUACUAUCAAAGGUUAAUUUGCUUUCUUCCUUUUUGUCUAUUGUAGAGCAACCUGAUCUCAUCCUCAAGCAUAUACGAAUAUGACCUGGGAGGGGAUCUAUUCAAAGCACCAGAACCGAUCAUCGAGGAGCCAAUCAUGGGCCUUGAUCCGAUGACAGCAGCCAUUUCCAUGAUAUCUUGUGAGGAAGAAGUCCUUACUCCAUCUGGACUCGGAAUGGCUGCUAGCCUUGACGACAUUCAAAACCAGCAGCUUCUCAGCGAUGUCUUCUACGACUGCAAGAAAGACCUCAUGGAAAUGGCAGCAGCAAUAGACUCCCCGCUCUCGGAUGUUCUGGAUAUCAAGUCCCCUCUCUUGAGAACCAAUGAAAAACAGGUCCAAGACCAUGAGUUGGUCCCUGAUCUAGGGUUGUCAAAGAGUGUGAGCUCGGAGUGUCUAAGUGCGAUGGAUUGGAUACCUGGAGGUUCCGUGAAGCCUAGUUUCCUGGACUUCCCUGGGAUUGAUUUUAGUUCUGCUUAUGGGAUGCGAAGAGCAUUCAGCGAAGGUGAUAUCAAGGCUCUUGGAAAUGGAAACGUGGGUCACAUCCAUUCUCCGCGGCCACUGCUCAUUAGCAGCAACUCCACUUCUGAAGCCCGGAUGGAAAAGCUUUCGAGGUACCGAAACAAGAAGAACAAGAGGAACUUUGGCAGGAAGAUCAAGUAUGCCUGCAGGAAGGCCUUAGCAGACAGCCAGCCGAGGAUCCGUGGAAGGUUUGCCAAGACAGAAGAAUCUGAUGUGAUCAAAGGACAACAGCAGUGACCAAUCUCUAGCUAACCUUGCUGCUGCUGAUGAAGGAACCAACCAGUUGAAGAAAGUGUAGGUAUGAAAUAGUUUUUAGUCCCUAUGAGGGGAAAAAUCUAAGUACUAAGUAGUAGUAGUAGUAGUAAGGGCUGCCUAAUCUGUAAUCAAUGGAGAAAAAGAAAAAGAGAAGCUAGGUAUUUAGUGUUGGAAUAAACUUACUUCCGCCUCAGCAAGGAAAAGCCAAAAAGAGAGAGUUUAGUAGUUUGAUUGAUUCAGCCUCUGUGAUUACCUCGAAUCUGUAGACCAGGAAUAUGGCUGUUUAAGUGUAGUAGAAAGUUUGUAUAUAUGGUGGUGGAUGGUGUGGAAUAAGACGGAAGGAGGAAGGGCAGAUUUGUAAUCGAUCUUGUUAUAUGCAUUUGUUUUAUUUAUGUAAUGACCAAAAAUGUUCUUCAUUUUAUUUUCUUUGGGGUGAAAAUACACAGCAAAAGAAGUAAAAUCGGGACAUUCGAUAAAAUAGAUGUAUCUGAG